AUGGGUCACGUGGUGUCCAAAGCGAGUAUUAGGGUAGAUCCGACGAGGAUUGAAGCUUUUCGGGAUUGGCACAAAACCACUUUAGUUGCUGAGGUUCAUAGCUUUGUAAGGUUAGCAAGUUACGACAGGCGUUUUGUUGAGGGCUUUUAUACUAAUGCAGCUCCUUUGACUCAGUUGACUAGCAAGGAUAUUCCCUUUGUGUGGUCGGAGGAGUCUCAUAUGACAUUUAUGAAACUCAAGGAGUUUCUUACUAACACUCCUAUAUUGACUCUUCUGAUUGAGGGAGAGGAAGGGGCGGGCUAUUACGUAUACGUCGAGGUAAAGGCUGAGCAUUUGAGGACUGAUGGUAAUUUUAAGGGAUUACCCAUUCCGGAGGUUAAGUUGGACCGCGUUACUAGGGAUUUUGUCCCUGGUCUAUCGCGGACUUCUAUAGGAGUUUGUAGUAUUUGGGUCAUCGUUGAUCAAUUGGCCAAGUCAGCACAUUUUCUUCCCGUUCAGUCUACAUUUCGUGCCAAGAGGCUGGCUCGUAAUUAA